AUGGCCGUCAGUCGUGUACUUGGUCUCUUCUUCCUUGCUGCAACAGUUUCGGCAUCCCCUGCUACUCAACACAUACAUAUUCGGGUUCCGUCAGCCGUGGAUUCGGCACUCAGCAAUGUCCACGUAGACUACCUCCAAGACGUGAAAGACUUACACACUUUCACGUAUGGGCCAUGUGAUGCGACCAAUAGCUCCGGCUCAGAAAUAUUUACUUCCAGCGCAGCGAAUGUUACAGACCACGGCAACCAGAGGUUUGUGUGGGUGACUUCAGACAAUGAGCAAUCGGGAGGCUGUAUCUCAGCUUGGAAAAAAGGCUCAAAUAGGCUUCUUGGUCGAAGCAACCCCAUCGAGUUUGCUGGCUCACACCCCAACGUCAAGAGAGAUGGGAGUUCCGUCGCAAUGACAAACGCGUCCGGCAUAGACGCCGAGGGUCCUUGGUUUGACGGAGUUAAGCUCCUCAAGAACAAGGAGAUUGGCGCCGUUGAUGUAAAAGCUGCGAAAUGUAAAAGAAUUGGCAUUAUUGGCGGUGGCAUCUCUGGGCUCAUGUCUUAUUAUUUGUUGAAAACAGCAGGGUUCAACAACAUUGAAAUAUCCGAGUCAAGCGGCCGACUGGGAGGCCGCAUCCGUACCAAAUACUUUGAUGACUCGGCGCCGUCGGCUUAUGAAUACCAGGAAGAAGGGGCAAUGCGUAUCCCUCUGAGCAUCACGUUGCCCACAAACCAAACCCUCAACUUCACGGAUCACCAUAUCGUGUUUCAGCUUGCCGAUACGCUGAAUAAGAUUAACAAGAAUGAGCCCGCGCUGAAGAUUAAUUGGAUUCCUUUUUUUAAUGCGCCUGCAUUGCCGGAAAGUGAAUACACGGCUCAGCCUCCGUCUACGUCAUCCGACCCGGCUCUGAACGAACUGAAUGAUAAACUGAAUAAGAUCAAGCACGACCCAGCUAUGUGGAAGCUCGUUAGCGAGAAUAUCUACGAGGCACAUAAGAAGUUCUUAGAUAUGGGACUGAACGGCCAAGGAGGUGACAACUGGUCCGAGUCUGCUUAUAUUCACAACUUUCUCAAAUACAGUCUGAACGUAACCGAUCAGGCACUUGCGGGUGGCUCCUUAGCUCCCUUUUGGGUCAAUGUAUAUGACGAUUUGUAUUUUUCAGCUACCGAAUGGGUAACUAUUGACAAGGGAAUGAACCGACUGCCAAACGCCUUUGAACGUGUCGUUGGCAGCAAUGUCCAUUAUAACCGCAAGGUUGAGAAAAUCAAGUUUUCGCCAGGGAAGAAGGAGGUCCAGAUAUCGUGGAAAAACAACUUUAUGGAUCUCGAGUGGCAAAACACCACGUACGACUAUGCUCUAAUCACGGCGCCUUUCACAGCAGUGAGAAAAUGGCGAGAGCUGCCCAAAUUUUCCCCUACAUUGACCAACGCGAUAUCAUAUCUCAACUAUCAGCCGGCCUGCAAGGUUUUCGUUCAAUUCCAAGACCGGUUCUGGGAGAAUCUUGAGAAACCAAUUUUCGGCAGCUGCAAUGCGAUCACUAGCCCUCCCGGUAUUGGUGAUGUGUGCUACCCGUCCUACAACCUCAACUCCACUGGGCCAGCAUAUAUCAUUGGCAGCUACCUCAAGGCGCUUGACUGGGCCGAACGCUGGGUAUCAACACCGGAAGAAGAACAUGUGCAGUAUGUACUGGACGCGUUGACGAACAUUCACGGACCUGUCGUGCGUGAGAAGUACACGGGCAAAUUCAGCCGCAAAUGCUGGUUAAUGGACGAAGGUACUGGAGGUGGUGCCUGGGCUUUCCCAAAUGUUGGCCAGCAUGAGCUGUAUAUCCCGAGCUACUUUAACACGGAGAAUAAUAUCAUAUUUAUUGGCGAGCACACAGCCUACACUCAUUCAUGGAUCGCCUCUGCCUUGGAAUCUGCAGUCCGUGGCACCGUUCAAUUGCUUCUCGAGCUUGGCUUGGUCGAUGAAGCAAAACAUAUCACCCAGACGUGGAUGGGGCGUUGGAUCAAGGUGUAA